AUCCGGGCUCUUGGCGCUCUCUCUUCCUUUCGCGCCGGCGGCCGCUGGAGGCGGCGGGUCCAUGUGCGCUCGGCGCGGCCCCGGCCCCUGCCCUCCGCGCUGCUCCCGCCAUGGACCCCAGCGGCAUCAUCGAGGCCCUGCGGGGCACCAUGGACCCGGCGCUGCGCGAAGCCGCCGAGAGACAGCUCAACGAGGCUCAUAAGUCAGUGAACUUUGUUUCAACUCUGCUUCAGAUCACUAUGUCCGAGCAACUGGAUUUACCAGUGAGACAGGCAGGGGUUAUCUACUUGAAAAAUAUGAUAACCCAGUAUUGGCCGGACCGUGAAAGUGCUCCUGGGGAGAUCCCACCUUACUCCAUCCCAGAAGAGGACAGACACUGCAUCCGUGAGAACAUUGUAGAAGCCAUCAUCCACUCUCCUGAGCUGAUCAGAGUGCAGCUUACUACUUGCAUUCACCACAUUAUCAAGUACGAUUAUCCAAGUCGCUGGACUGCAGUUGUGGAGAAAAUUGGAUUUUAUCUUCAGUCUGACAAUAGUGCUUGUUGGCUUGGAAUUCUUCUCUGUCUUUAUCAACUUGUGAAAAACUAUGAGUACAAGAAACCAGAGGAGCGGAGUCCCUUGAUAGCUGCAAUGCAACAUUUUCUGCCAGUCCUGAAGGACAGCUUCAUUCAGCUCCUGAAUGAUCCUUCAGACCAGUCUGUCCUCAUCCAGAAACAGAUCUUCAAAAUAUUUUAUGCCCUUGUCCAGUACACAUUACCUUUGGAGUUGAUAAAUCAGCAAAACCUGGCUGAGUGGAUAGAAAUCCUGAAGACUGUUGUUGAUAGGGAUGUACCAGCUGAAACCCUUCAGGUUGAUGAAGAUGAUAGACCUGAGUUGCCUUGGUGGAAAUGCAAGAAGUGGGCUUUGCAUAUCUUAGCUAGGCUCUUUGAGAGGUAUGGAAGCCCUGGGAAUGUUUCCAAGGAGUACAAUGAGUUUGCUGAAGUUUUUUUGAAGGCCUUCGCUGUUGGUGUUCAGCAAGUGUUGCUGAAGGUGCUGUAUCAAUACAAGGAAAAGCAGUACAUGGCUCCUAGAGUUCUGCAGCAAACACUAAAUUACAUCAAUCAAGGAGUGUCUCAUGCAGUCACCUGGAGGAAUCUGAAACCUCAUAUUCAAGGAAUUAUCCAAGAUGUUAUUUUCCCAUUGAUGUGCUAUACAGAUGCUGAUGAAGAGCUUUGGCAAGAAGAUCCAUAUGAAUAUAUCCGCAUGAAAUUUGAUGUAUUUGAAGACUUCAUUUCUCCAACAACUGCUGCUCAGACAUUAUUGUUUACAUCGUGUAGUAAAAGGAAAGAGGUCCUGCAGAAGACAAUGGGCUUUUGUUAUCAAAUCCUUACGGAGCCAAAUGCUGAUCCUCGCAAGAAGGAUGGUGCUUUACAUAUGAUUGGUUCUUUGGCUGAAAUUCUCCUAAAAAAAAAGAUCUAUAAGGAUCAGAUGGAAUAUAUGUUGCAGAAUCAUGUGUUCCCUCUCUUCAGCAGUGAGCUGGGUUACAUGAGAGCUCGGGCUUGCUGGGUUCUUCAUUAUUUCUGUGAAGUCAAAUUUAAAAGUGACCAGAAUCUCCAGACAGCCUUAGAACUCACGAGAAGGUGUCUGAUAGAUGAUAGGGAAAUGCCUGUGAAAGUGGAAGCUGCAAUAGCUCUUCAAGUUCUCAUCAGUAAUCAAGAGAAAGCUAAAGAAUAUAUUACUCCCUUCAUUAGACCUGUAAUGCAAGCUUUGCUUCAUAUUAUAAGAGAGACUGAAAAUGAUGAUCUUACUAAUGUGAUUCAGAAGAUGAUCUGUGAAUAUAGUGAAGAAGUUACCCCAAUUGCAGUAGAAAUGACACAGCACUUGGCAAUGACAUUUAACCAGGUGAUCCAGACUGGUCCAGAUGAAGAGGGCAGUGAUGACAAAGCAGUGACAGCAAUGGGAAUCUUGAAUACUAUCGAUACACUUCUCAGUGUAGUUGAAGAUCACAAGGAAAUUACCCAGCAGCUGGAAGGGAUCUGUUUGCAAGUAAUUGGAACAGUUUUGCAGCAGCAUGUAUUAGAGUUCUACGAGGAGAUCUUUUCCUUGGCUCAUAGUCUGACCUGCCAACAGGUUUCUGCACAAAUGUGGCAGCUGCUUCCUCUUGUGUUUGAAGUCUUCACGCAGGAUGGUUUUGAUUAUUUUACUGAUAUGAUGCCUCUCUUGCAUAAUUAUGUGACUGUUGAUACAGAUACACUUCUGUCAGACACAAAAUAUCUUGAAAUGAUCUACAGUAUGUGCAAGAAGGUCCUUACAGGAGUUGCUGGAGAGGAUGCAGAAUGUCAUGCAGCAAAGCUGUUAGAAGUAAUUAUUCUUCAGUGUAAAGGGCGUGGCAUUGAUCAGUGCAUACCCUCGUUUGUGGAAGCUGCCUUGGAGAGACUGACCAGAGAAGUGAAAACCAGUGAGCUGCGAACCAUGUGCCUCCAGGUUGCCAUAGCUGCUUUGUAUUACAAUCCUCAUUUACUAUUAAACACAUUGGAAAAUCUUCGUUUCCCCAAUAACGUGGAGCCUGUCACCAAUCACUUCAUAACUCAGUGGCUUAAUGAUGUGGACUGUUUCCUGGGACUCCAUGACAGAAAGAUGUGUGUCCUUGGCUUGUGUGCUCUUAUUAAUCUGGAGCAAAUACCACAGGUUUUAAAUCAAGUUGCUGGGCAGAUCCUGCCAGCUUUUAUCCUUUUAUUUAAUGGAUUGAAAAGAGCAUAUGCCUGUCAUGCAGAGCAUGAAAAUGACAGUGAUGAUGAUGAUGAAGCUGAAGAAGAUGAGGAAACAGAUGAACUGGGGAGUGAUGAAGAUGACAUUGAUGAAGAUGGUCAAGAAUAUCUUGAAAUUCUAGCAAAACAGGCAGGUGAAGAUGGAGAUGAUGAAGACUGGGAAGAAGAUGAUGCUGAAGAGACUGCUUUGGAAGGUUAUUCCACAAUUAUUGAUGAUGAAGAUAACCCUGUUGAUGAAUAUCAAAUAUUUAAAACAAUUUUUCAGACAAUUCAGAACCGUAACCCUGUGUGGUACCAGGCUUUGACACAGGGCCUGAGCGAGGAGCAGAGGAAGCAGCUGCAGGACAUCGCCACCCUGGCGGACCAGCGGCGGGCAGCACACGAAUCCAAAAUGAUCGAAAAGCAUGGAGGAUACAAAUUCAAUGCUCCAGUUGUGCCAACUUCAUUUAAUUUUGGAGGCCCUGCCCCAGGAAUGAAUUGAAUUAUCACUUUUCCUGCUACUGUGUGAUUGUAGUGAAGAGCUUGUGUUCCUCCCAAUAGUGGUUCCAGAACUGGUUCAUGUUAUCUACAACUCACUCUAAACUAAUUUAUAAAUAGAUUGGACAAAGCCCCAGAAGUGGGACCUGAUCAUUCAACCUGAUACUGGAAAGCAAACCAGAGGUUUUUUUGAAGAUAGGAAGAAUCUGAAUUUAAAGCUUCAAAUGACACACGUUGGAGAUCGGAAAUCAAGAGGGGAUGUCGUGAAGGCAGCUUUUCUUUUUCUGAGGAAAAAAAACUAGACAUGGGCUGCAGGACUAUUUAAAAUGUCUCAUUUACAGUACAAGCUAGAAGGCAGACUUAAUUUUUACACCUGUGGCAGUAUGAGUAUUUGCCCAGUUUCUUUCCCUUUUAUCCCUACCACUGGGUGUCUAUUCUUUUAAUGUAAAUAAGAUAAGGUAAUCAGAUAGCCUUACUUAAUCUUCAUCAUUUCCAUUUAUCAAGAUUGUUCAUAUGUAGAAUAUUGGACACUUAAUGUAGCACUACAUAACUGAUAAAUCUGUAAAUGAAUUAGCACUUUCAUAUUGAAACAAGCCUGCUAGCCUAUGUACAAAAAUAGCAAAAUGUUUGCUGUUUAUAAAAAUAAAAAAAAAAGGGAUGUAUUGGGGAAAAUAAUUUCAAGUUAUUAAUUUAAAAUGAACUAGCAGUUUUGUACCUGGUGACUUUGUGGUGCAGUCACCUCUGGUUGUGACUUGAAUUCGGAUAUGUAAAAAGGGGUUAGUGAUAUUUCAUUGCUGCUAAAGAAAAAAUAGCAACACCCUCCGUGUCCUUUGUUUUUUUUAAAGAUCUCACUGUACAAGCUAGAAAAUUGAACAAAUAUGUACUGUAAGCACAAAGAAAAGUUAUCCUCUCUAAGGCAGGUAAAUGAGACGUGAAGUUCUUAAGGUCAAUGGAAGUGUAUGGGUGAAACACCUACAUAUGCAAUCUAUUAAAAACCAGUGUCAUUGGCUGAUCUGGGCUAUGGUAUAUAAAUGCAAUUUUUUCCCCAGGUGUGCAGAAUAUUGUUUUUCCAGAUCAUGGUAGGGCAGGUGCACUACUCCUGCAUUUCAUUCCCCCUCUUUUUGCACUUGCAGCAUUAGUGUGUGCUGUUGUCUGCCUGAUCCAGACAGUGUAUUUGAAGUUUUGCCAAUCUUUCAGUUUUGAAGCCACAAUUUUCUUCCUUCAACGUUGCUAUAGUAACUAGUAUUUUAGCUAGAGAGGCAAAAUACAGUUCCCUCUGGGACCACUAUCAAAACCACUGUAUGAAGAAGCCAGCAGGGAGAGGCUGUGAACGGGUUGGCUUAAAUGCCCCCUUUUUCUUUUCUAAAAGCAAAUCCAUUGGCGUUUGAUCUUGCCUUGAGAUCAUUGGUGUCAGGUCUUUUAAAUCAAAUGUUUGGGUUGGUUUUUUUUUUUUUUCUUUAGGCUGUUUUUAUAUAAAAAUGUCACCUGCUGUUACAAUUGAUAUUAAACAAGCUACCUUAAUUUAAUGUAAGCCUCCAAAAUUUAAAUACAGGUUAAAAAUAAACUGAGUUUUUAUCUGUAAAAAUGAAAUGCACAUAUAUAUAUAUUAUGAUACUCAAAAUGCAGUCUUCAGAAAAUUGGUCUGUGUGGUGUGGUUUUUUGCAUCAGCAGAGUAGCAGGAUUUGGUGGUGCUUUGGGGUUUCCCUGCUGAGCUGCCCAGCCCCAGGCUCUGCUUGGCUCCAGCAAACACUUCCCUGCACCUGGGGGACAAGGUGGGACAUGGAGCCCUGGCCCAGUACCAAAGGGACACUUGGAAAGCAAAGCCCCUGAGGUGGAAAAGCCUGACUACAGAAGCCUUGGAUGGGAUGGGAAUAUCCAUCCUCGUGGUGGUGUGAGACUUGGGAUGGUUGCUGUGCAGCUUUAGGGGCUGCACAGAGCAGAACUCACUGGGGGUUUGUGACUGUAACUCACGGGCACAUCCAGGUGUGCUCGGGCCCCCAGGGAAGCUCUAGACAGGGUUUUAUUUUUGUAGAAGAAGCUGACAGAUGUGCUUCCAGCAUGCCUUCUCCUUGCAUUGCUUGGGAACACCCAGUUUGACAAAUCAUUUCUGAACAUCUGCUGCUUGGGCAUCUGCUUACCUUCACAUGCAUCCUAAAAAUGCAUGAGAAGCUUUGAGGACAGAUGAGCCAUUUUGGGCCUCGUGGCAGAAGAUGUGACAGCAGCAGUGAGAAGGCUUCAUGUAUAAAGCAGAUGACAAAAAAACAGGGAAAUCACCAAUUUUAGUGCUGUUGUCAGUUCUGGAACAAUUCUAUUUUACAAGUCAAGGGAAGAAUUUUACCUUGGUGUGAGGAAUAGUCUUACUUCAAGGGUGCUUUUAUGUGUCACUAGACUGGCUAGCAAGGAGCAUCUUUUUUAAGAAUGGAUCUAGAACUUUGCUUUCCUUUGCUCCAAGAAAUGUAUUUAUAUAAAUUGCAAAGCAAUUUUGCAUUGUUGUUGGUGGUGAUAGCGCAUUUUGUGAUGCAAUAUAUCAAUUUCAGUGAUACACUUAUGUCAAAUUAAAAACUGAUCUUCCUUCUAGAACUUGCACUUAUCCAUUCCAUUUUCAAGGAUAAUGCAACUCUAAAGGAAGAGCUGGGAAAUUUAAAGCCUCUGUUUUUUUCUAUUAUGGAAGAUCUCCUUGGAUUAAUAAACAUCUAAAGCAAAUCCUUA